AUGUACAGACCAUGGCAAAAGUCGUCUCAUCGAGUAAUGCAAGAUCCUGGUUGGUAUGAUCGACCAUUGGACUGGGAAGACAUCUUGGCUGGUGGAUCUCUGCUAGGAAUUGGAUCUGUGUCUAUAGUACUCUAUGUACUAGUCAUGAAAAUUAUGCGACGACAAGAUAGGGAUAUUGUUGGCUAUCGAUUUUUGAUCUCAGCCGGCUUUGCAGACAUACUUUUAUUAUUUAAUUAUGGUGUAUGGCCUGGUUUGACAAUACUUUUCAAAUCAGAGUUGAUACCAGUAGGUGCACGUCAUUGGCUUCAAUUAUACCUCGACUGGGCCUGGUUUUCAAUGGUAUGGCACUAUACCUUGGUAGGAUGGUCCAGAUGGUCAGCAAUUCGUGCACCUCACACGUUUCGCUGUCAGAGGAGACGUUACUCCUAUGCGUUAUGCGCUUGUUGCUAUGUUAUAGCUCUAAUUGAGGUUCUUGCCACCCAUUUCCAACCAUGGUACGUCACAUUCUACUAUGAACCAUCGUCGUACGGCAUGUUAGCCGAGGAUUUUGCUCUCUACCUCUCAGGCGGUCAAUCAGCGAUGUUUUUACUCUACCAUUUAGCUGCCAUCAUUCCGCCGGUCAUAUUUUAUACCUGGUCAUUUGUUCUCCUCAUACAUCGUCGACGUACUGCAGUGAAAGCCAGUACUCAGAUCCACAUUAGUGGAAGUAGAAUUGAAAGCAGGUUGCUUUUACCCUGUGUUAUCAAUAUGAUAGUGUUUAUCGCCGGACAAAUAGUGAUCACAGUCGGUACGGGUGAAGGAAAAUGGGCCGGAUGUACGGUAAUGCUCGUGUUUUGUACAAAUUCUGCUCUGAAUCCGGUGCUAUUGCUGUUAUGUUCGGAAACAAUCAGGAAGCAGUUGCUGGUUAUUGUUGGACUUAGUCAAGCUUCAUUCAGUCAUCCAGAAAAAUGCACAUCAACAGUUUAUAAAAGUCCGCUCACGCUCACGACCAGAAGCCACGAUGAAACCGCGCAAAGUCCGUUGAUGGGUCUUAGCGUUCGUAUCAGCCCUAGUCCAUCGUUCUCCGAACCUUCUACUCAUGUCUAGCUUCGCUGAAGUCUUUGUACCUCACAUAGACGAGCAUCCCAGAAUCA